CGAAAAAAACAUUGAAUUGAACUUCUGAAGAAGUUAGGAGUCUGUUUAUUUAUUUUUUAUAAAUUCAAUUUGAUUAUAAACUUAAGUUGGAAAAAUUCAGAAAAUGUCAAUAAAAAUAGUCUGAGAUAUAAAUUACGUGUGAUCGUCUUUCUUUCUUUACUUUGUCCAAGUUUAACAACAGCUUCGGCCGAUUACCCAGCAAAUCACAUUAAUUUCCUGUUGUUAUCUAACAAAUCUGAGAUAAUUCUCUGUAGCAUAGUUUAUGGACGAUAAUUUUAAAUCCUUCACGUAAUUCGGGUCGCAGUUCUACAAACCACAAACUUGUUUUCGCUCGUCUGGUGCAAAACUUGUGAAUUUCGUCACUUGAGUUGAUUGGGCAGUUUCCGUGAGUCCUCUCAUCGAGUUAGACGUGCCGUCGAUCAGUUUCAGUUAAAAUGACGGAUGCAACGAAAGUGAAUCCUGAUCUCCAAAGAGAAAGGGAUAACUGCACUUUUAAUGUAACAGAGUUGACUAACUUGAUUGAUGGAGGUGCCCAGAAAACUGAGGAGAGGAGAAAAAGAGAGGAGAUGGUGCUCAAGGAAGGUAUCCACUUGGACGAGGUUCCGUCGGAGUACCUAAGCCACAAGGAGAAGUACGAGCUGGCCGUCAAGAAGGCUUGCUACCUGUUCAAGAUGAUCCGGCGGCUCCAGGAAGAGGAAAACACUGGAAUGGAGAACUACCAAGAAGUGCUCGGCGGUUCGCUAGGCUCCGCCAUUCUCCGCGACGGCUCCCCCCUCACACUGCACUACGUUAUGUUUAUACCCACCCUCAUGGGGCAAGCUACAGUGGAACAGCAAGUCCUGUGGAUCGGCAGGGCGUUCAACUGCGAUAUUAUUGGCACUUAUGCUCAGACUGAGCUGGGACACGGAACUUUCAUUCGCGGGUUGGAAACUACCGCCACAUACGAUCCUGACACCAAGGAGUUUGUGCUUCACAGUCCCACCCUCACUUCAUACAAAUGGUGGCCUGGUGGAUUGGCUCACACAGCAAACUACUGCAUAGUAGUAGCUCAACUCUACACAAAGGGGCAAUGCCACGGCAUCCACCCUUUCAUAGUCCAAUUACGAGACGAAGAGACCCAUAUGCCCCUCCCCGGUAUAAAAGUUGGGGAAAUCGGGGCCAAGCUUGGCAUGAACGGGACCAAUAACGGCUUCCUGGGCUUUGAUAAAGUGAGGAUACCUAGGGAGCAUAUGCUGAUGAAGAAUGCUAAGGUUUUGGAGGAUGGCACCUACGUCCGAGCGCCGAGCUCCAAGCUCACCUACGGUACCAUGAUGUUCGUUCGAGUUGUGCUCGUCAACGACGUCUGCAGUUAUAUGGCGAAAGCUGUCACCAUCGCUACUCGAUACAGUGCUGUCCGUCACCAGUCGCAGCCUAAACCUGAUGAACCCGAACCCCAAAUCCUGGAUUACGUAACCCAGCAACACAAGUUGGCAAUCGGCAUCGCAACAGUCCACGCACUCCGACUCAGCGCUGCCUGGAUAUGGAAUAUGUACAACAAUGUCACUGCUGAGUUAGACGCUGGUGACAUGGAGAGACUGCCUGAGCUACACGCCCUCUCAUGCUGCCUGAAAGCCAUAAGCACCGCGGACGCAGCCGAAACCGUCGAGCGUUGCCGUCUAUCUUGCGGCGGCCACGGCUACAUGCUGGCUUCCUCCUUCCCCCUCAUGUACGGGAUGGUCACCGCCGCCUGCACGUAUGAGGGAGAGAACACUGUCAUGUUGUUGCAAACUGCAAGAUACUUGGUGAAGGCGUGGCAGCAAGCCAAGGGCGGUAACCCCCUCACACCCACAGUAGCUUACAUAGCGAGCGUCAGCGCUGGUCGUCGUUCCCCGCCGUGGGAGAACACCGUCGAAGGCAUCAUCCAUGGCUUCCAACAGGUCUCUGCCGGUAAAAUAGGAGCGUGCGUGGCGAACAUCGAGAAGAGACAGCGAACCGGCAUGUCUUAUGAGGACGCAUGGAACAUGACGUCGGUUCAGCUCGCCAACGCCUCUGAAGCCCACUGCCGUGCAUUCAUCCUAACCACAUACUUCACGGAGACCGAGAACCAGAUCAAGUCAGUCUCUCCGGCGCUCAGGACCGUUCUACUUCAGCUGGUCGACCUGUAUGUGGUAUACUGGGCUCUCCAGCGCGUCGGAGACCUGCUUAGGUUCACGUCUAUCUCUGAGCGCGACAUCGAACAACUGCAGAGCUGGUAUGAAGAGCUGCUCCUCAAGCUUCGAGUGAAUGCCGUGGGCCUUGUCGACGCUUUCGAUAUUAGAGACGAGAUCCUCCACUCUGCCCUGGGAGCGUACGACGGGCGGGUGUACGAGCGCCUCAUGGAGGAAGCCCUGAAGAGUCCCCUCAACGCUGAACCCGUCAACGAAAGCUUCCACAAGUACCUUAAGCCAUUCAUGCAGGGGAAACUGUGAUUUCAACUCUAAACCGACGGUUAAAAAUAAAGCUCUAUAGGUGUAGCUCUACACUGAGAGAAAAUACAACCAGUUUUCAUGUUCGUUCAACAAGUUUUUUUGGUUAAAAUAGCGCCUACGUGCUCUUUGGUUCAAAAA